GAAUUUAAUGCAAAUAUUAAGCAGUUAUUUUAAUUAUUUUCUUUCAAAUUCUCAACACAAGCGAGAUCAGGUGUAAAGGCAAUGGAUUUUUUUGAGGCCUUUGAAGUUGCUUUAGAAAAAACUCAACCUGAAAGCACAGCCUUUGUCCCCAAUGAAAACACUGCAGUCAUGAGCAAUGAGAUGAUUUUCACAAGAUCAGUUAUUGCAAAGGCAGAUAGAGAAAAGCAUAAAUACUCUCCAUCUAAACAAAUAGCAUCAUUAUACACUCCUACAAUACAAAAGUAUGGUAUCAUGCCCAUCAAAACAUACAAACACUAUGUUCCUCCAAAUGACCCAAAAUAUGAUCACAUUGUAACUCCUCUAGAUCCAUAUAGUAAAUGGAAACCACAAGAUGUUAAGGAUGCUAUGAAAAAGAUCAAACCGUACAAGUAUGUGCAGCACAUGCCAAGAGAGAAGACCAAAAAGAGAACAAUAGAAGAAAUAGAAACCCUAAAAUCUUCACCUGUUCUGACAUCUUUGGAGCUGGAUGAAAUUACCCCUAAUUUGGAAUCGAGUUCAAAUAAAUGCAAAUUAGACCACACAUCAUCUAGUUCUUUGAUUCCCAGUGAAGAUGAUUAUCCAAAAAAAGUGUUGAAUUGCAGGUGGGAGCCACUUGAUUUGUUUGUCCAUCAAAGGCCACACCCCCUUUGCAAAGAGACCAUGCCCAUCCAAGCACCCAACUACAAUGGAUACCCCAAUGCACCCAAUGUGGUGCAUAGCCCCAGAGCCAAGAGGAAGGCCAAGAGGAAGCCAGGCCUUGUGAGCGAGGGCGAGGGGGUCAAGAUGGCUGAGAGUGCAAGGAGGUACAUGCAGUGUGUGGAGGGGAGUGUGGACGAGUGCUUCAUUGCACCUCUCCAGCCUGCAUGGCUCACUCAAGCCACGUGCUAUGUGGGUGCCUUCUCGCGCUACAUGGUGACUCCCUCUGCUUACCACGACACCAUGCUCACUACAGCUGCCGACAUCAACCGCGUCUACAAACUUAGCAUGCGCAAGGCCAUUGUUGAUUAUGUUCUUGAGAAUAAAAUAAAACGUUUUAUUUCUUCUAUUUAUUUUGGCAGGUUCAUAACUUUGUACAAAUUUGAACCUAAACCAAUUAGUACUGCUAAAGAUAAAGAACCUAAGCCCGUGCAGAAAGAAUUCUUUUAUGGAUACAAACCAGAGGUGAUAAAGCGUUUGUUUGGGUUUGUUCCCACAAUUAAAGAGGGAGCAUAUUCUUCCAAAGACCAUAAUUCUCCCCCAUUUUAUCUUCACUUGAAAAAUGAUAAGGGCUUAUUCAGUGUGGAACCCUCAUGGGAAGAAAUAGAAGAUGAGCUUGUGGGUAUCAUUGACCAUGUUGUGCUCCAAUCCGGGGAUAUUGUUCGAGUUGACCAUGGCAAAAUUGAACCCUCACGCGCAACCCUCCCACACAUAACUCUCGAUGAUGAAAUUGUUGUUGUUGCUAAAGACAUCAUCAAACAGGUUGUACAAUCAAAUAUAUCAGGACCCCAAAAGAUUAUGCAUGGUUAUAGAGAGUUUUUGGAUUUGUUUCAAUUGGAUGUGAAUCAAUACAUCAAAGAGUUUGGGAUGUUAGAACAGCCUCUGUCUGGGUACACGGAGCAAGUGGAUGAGUUCCAUGGCCGAGCAUUGAGUGCUGAAGCGCACUCAUUGAAUGUUAUUGACUGCACCCUUGUCCGCUGCAUUGUCACCGACUUCAAGCAAAGCUUCAUUGACCAUGCCACCUGUAUUUGCACUCGCCUAAAAACACAAAUGAUAAGCGAAGGGUUGGCCAGUGCAAAUGAGGUAUCAGACAACAUCAAUGGCGAGGAAUUGUUGUUUGGCAUGCCUUUGAGCAAGUUCCCACAGAUCCAAGUGUUGUUGUUGGCUGUGGUGCCCUAUUUCCAGCUCUGGUCUAUUGCUGAUACUUUUAAGGAAAGCGAAGAGCAUUGGAUGACAGCCAAACUCAACUCCCUUGACUCAGAAAAAAUUGAAAAUGAGGUUUUUAAUUGGUAUCGAGUUGUAUUCAAAUUAGUUCGAACAUUUGAAGAGAAAUUGCCUGAUCCAUGUAAAGUUGCAACCAUAUUAAAGGCCAAUCUUGAUAGAUUUAAAGAGACAUUACCUUUGUUUCGGUGUUUAUGUAAUCCAGGAUUAAGGCCAAGACAUUUUGCAAAAAUUUCUGAAGUUGUAGGUUUUGAGGUGAAAAAUGAUGAUGCUACACACUUCCGUCAGUUAUUGAGAUUGAAUGUUCAUGAACAUAUUUUUAGAUUGGAAGAGAUUAGUGAAUUUGCAAGCAAAGAAUAUGCAUUGGAAAGAGGGCUUGCUAGUAUGGAAAAUGAUUGGUUGCCCUUAACAUUUGAGUUUUUAUUAUAUAAAAACACUGGAUGCAACAUACUCAAAGGAGGCCCUAUUGAGGAGGCACAAUUAUUACUCGAUGAACAUAUUGUAAAAACACAAAAUAUGUUGGCAUCUCCCUUUGCUGCACCAUUUGAAGAACAUUUAACCAAGUGGUUGAAAUCAUUGGUGUUACUACAAAAACUAUUAGUGGAAUGGUUACAAGCACAAGCCUCUUGGAUGUACCUGGAGCCAAUAUUUGGAUCUCCAGAUAUUAUAGAACAAAUGCCCAAAGAAGGAUCCCUAUUUCAUGCCACUAAUACAAUAUUUUGUAAACUUAUGAAGGAUGCAGAAUCUUUCAAGCAAAUGAUGGAUGCAUGUGAGCUUCCCAACAUUCUUGACAUCCUAGUAGGAUGCAAUGAAAGCCUAGAUGUGGUUCAAAAGGGACUCAAUCACUAUCUUGAAACCAAACGUUUGGCUUUUCCAAGAUUUUUUUUCUUAUCCAACGAUGAGUUAUUAGAGAUAUUGUCAGAAACCAAAGACCCACUUCGAGUUCAACCAUUUUUAAAGAAAUGUUUUGAAGGAAUAAAUGCAUUGACAUUCCAAGAGAACUUGGACAUCACUCACAUGUGGAGUGUAGAGAAGGAGGUUGUGGAAUUCACUAGGAGCACUAAUCCAAAGGCUGCAAAAGGCAAUGUUGAACGGUGGUUGAUUGAAGUUGAACGCAUGAUGCGGGAAACAUUAAAGGUGGUGGUACAAAAAGCAGUAGCUGACUAUGCAAUUAAAGAGCGUGGCCAAUGGAUUCUCAUAUGGCCUGGUAUGAUUGUCCUAUGUGGCUCACAAAUGUAUUGGACGAGUGAGCUUGAAGAGGAGGUGGAUGUGGAUGGUGUCAAAGGACUUGCUCGAUAUGAAGCAAAAUGCACUGCCCAACUCCAAGAACUUGUUCAACUUGUUCGUGGAGAUUUGACCAAUAUGGAAAGAUUGACCAUUGGAGCUCUUGUAACUAUUGAUGUUCAUGCUAGGGAUGUUGUUACAUUAUUGGUGGAACUAGGAAUUGACAACAAAUUGGAUUUUGAUUGGCUGAGCCAACUACGAUAUGCCUUGGAAGAUGGAAAUUGCCUAGUGAAGAUGGUGAAUGCAUGCCGGAACUACGGGUAUGAGUAUUUGGGGAACAGCAGUCGCCUUGUUAUCACCCCUCUCACAGACAGAUGCUACCGCACCCUCAUGGGCGCUCUCCACUUGAACCUUGGUGGCGCUCCCGAGGGCCCUGCCGGGACCGGCAAAACUGAAACCACCAAAGACCUUGCAAAGGCUUUGGCAAUGCAAUGUGUGGUGUUCAAUUGCUCAGAUGGGUUGGAUUACUUGGCGAUGGGGAAGUUCUUCAAGGGACUGGCGGCAUCGGGAGCAUGGGCGUGCUUUGAUGAGUUCAACCGCAUUGACGUGGAGGUGUUGUCUGUGAUUGCACAACAAAUCCUGACAAUCCAAAGGGCGAUCAUGGAGAAGGUUUCUCACUUCAUGUUUGAAGGGACAUACCUGCCGCUCAUCCCCACCUGCACCAGCUUCAUCACCAUGAACCCUGGUUAUGCAGGGCGAGCUGAGCUGCCUGAUAACCUCAAGGCCUUGUUUCGCACUGUGGCCAUGAUGGUCCCCAAUUAUGCCAUGAUAGGUGAAAUAACAUUAUACUCCUUUGGAUAUCUUGAAGCACGAGAUAUGGCAAGGAAACUAGUAGCCACGUAUAAACUUUGUAGUGAGCAAUUAUCAUCUCAGGAUCACUAUGAUUAUGGCAUGCGAGCGGUGAUAGCUGUGCUAAGGGCAGCAGGAAAUCUGAAGCGGAGGUAUCGAGACGACGAUGAAUCUGUUUUGGUUCUCCGUGCAAUUCGUGAUGUAAACUUACCAAAGUUUCUGUCUCAUGACAUACCAAUGUUUGAAGGCAUCAUGUCAGAUCUCUUCCCAGGAGUGAAAUUGCCUCCACCAGACUAUGUGAAUGUAAUGGUUAUGAUUAAUAGGGAGUGUAUAAAGUAUAAUUAUCAAAAUGGGGAGGUGUUCCUGAAGAAGAUCCUCGAGUUAUAUGAGAUGAUAAUUGUGCGGCAUGGCCUUAUGCUUGUGGGGUAUUCGUUUGGUGCUAAAACAGCUGCUUACAAAGUGCUUGCAGAUGCUUUGGGUGGUUUGUUUUCUGAAGGUUUAAACAAUGAGAACAUAACUAGGUAUGAUGUUUUAAACCCCAAAUCAGUGACAAUGGGUCAAUUAUAUGGCCAAUUUGAUCCAGUGUCCCACGAAUGGACAGAUGGAAUCCUUGCAGUGACAUUCCGCAACAUGUCUGUGGAUACAACCCCUACACGCCAAUGGCUAUUAUUUGAUGGACCUGUUGAUGCAAUAUGGAUAGAAAAUAUGAACACCGUUCUAGAUGACAAUAAGAAAUUGUGCUUGAUGAGUGGAGAAAUCAUCCAAAUGACAAACCAUAUGAACUUGAUAUUUGAAGUACAAGACUUGGCGGCGGCAUCACCAGCAACUGUGUCACGGUGUGGGAUGAUUUACAUGGAGCCGGUAGCUAUGGGGUGGCGGUGUAUCCUUCUCUCAUGGCUCCAGAGCCUUCCCCAACUUCUGCAAGACCCAUAUCGCACCCAAAUCCAGAAGCUUGCUGAAUGGCUGCUGCCCCCUGCCCUCCGUUGUGUCCAAAAAAACUGCAAAAUGACCAUUCCCAUGCAGGAACAAAAUAUGAUCACAAGUCUUCUUCGACUAAUGAUGGCAUUGAUGGAACCAGAGCUAACUGACAAAUCAAAAGCUGAUCUAUAUGAUGAGAAAGCAAAAGUUGCUUGGGUUGAUUGCAUUUUCUUAUUUUCAAUGGUGUGGACAAUUGGAGCAUGCACUGAUAUGCAUGAACGUCCUAAGUUUGACACUCUGUUGAAAAAGAUGCUGGUGAAUAUGCCACCAAGUGAGUACAUGCAAUGGAUUGAAACACCUGCACGCAAGGUCUCAACCCCAUUCCCGGAUGGGAAAUCCGUGUAUGAUGUGAUGUUCAAUAAGAUGAAGGGGAAAUGGGGUCUAUGGACUGAUUUGGUGGAUGAGACCAUGGUUCCCUUGGAUGCUCACUUUGAAAAAAUCAUUGUUCAAACACCUGACUCUGCCAAAUAUACUUUCUUAAUGGAGGUCCUUGUUCACCACAACUUGCCCCUUCUAUUUGUUGGCCCCACAGGAACUGGCAAAAGUGUGUAUGUGAAGCAAUAUUUGAUGAAACUUGAUACAGAAAAAUGGCAAUCCAUUUUUUUCAAUUUUUCAGCCCAAACAAGUGCAAAUCAAACUCAGGACAUUAUAGAUGGCAAACUCAUCAAGAGGAAGCCGGGCAUUUUUGGACCCCAGAAAGGGAAACAGUGUGUGAUAUUUGUGGAUGAUUUAAACAUGCCAGCCAUAGAGAAGUACGGUGCUCAGCCCCCAAUUGAACUCCUCCGCCAAUGGAUGGAUCACCAAGGAUGGUAUGACCGAUAUGAGCUUGUGUUCCGCAACAUUAUUGACAUUCAGUUUGUGUCCGCCAUGAGCCCACCAGGCGGAGGGCGAAACUCUGUCACAAACCGUUAUUUGCGCCACUUCAAUGUUGUGUGUGUGAAUGCAUUCUCCGAUCUCACCAUGAACAGGAUAUUCCUGUACUUGGUAGACUUUUGGAUGAAGCGAGCUCGUUACAAUCCAACCAUUACAAAGUUACGAUCAGCCAUGGUGACUGCAACUAUUGACAUUUAUCAAACAGUUCAAGCAGAACUUCUUCCCACUCCUGAGAAAUCGCAUUACACUUAUAAUCUCCGUGACAUUUCUAAGAUAUUUUUGGGACUGCAAUAUGCACCCACAGAAAUUGGGGAUGAUUAUUACAAAAUCAUUCGAUUGUGGGCCAAUGAAUGUUUGCGCGUGUUUUAUGACCGUUUGAUCAACGAUAGCGAUCGAAUGUGGUUUUGUAACUUAGUGGGCGACAUGGUAGAGAAGCAUUUCAAAGAACGUUUUUCAAAGGUUUAUGCCACUUUUGUUCAUUCAGAAGUGAAAAGAACUGAUUUGACUCCAGCUUUGCUUCAAUACCAUAUAGCAGGAGAUUUCAUGGUCCCUGGAGCCGAGCCUGCUCUUUACAAUGAAAUACCAGAUGAAACCCUGCUUUUGAAGGUUAUGAAAGGAUAUUUGGAGGAUUAUAAUGAAAUGACCAACAACCCCAUGAAUUUGGUUCUGUUUCAGUUUGCAAUUCAACAUGUGUCACGGAUUUGCCGAGUAAUUAAACAACCCAGAGGAAACGUUCUGCUGGUGGGGGUGGGUGGUAGUGGCCGCCAAAGUCUUGCAAGAUUAGCAGCAUUUAUUCAAGGAUUUGAAGUAUUCCAAGUUGAAAUAUCAAAGAAUUUUGGAAUGGCGGAGUGGAGGGAGAGCAUUGGAAUCAUGCUUAGAAAAGCUGGGGAGUUGGAUAAAAAAACGAUGUUCUUAUUUGUAGAUACACAAAUUAAGGUGGAAGGUUUUGUGGAGGACAUCAACUCACUUCUUAAUACAGGAGAGGUUCCAAAUUUAUAUGAAAGUGGAGAUUUGGGAGCAAUUUGUGAAGGUGUUCGUCCAAAAGCCAAACGAGCAAAACGUGAUGGCUCAAGAAUGGAAUUGUUUUCUUUCUUUGUUGAUGAAUGUGCUAAAAAUCUUCGGAUUGCUCUUGCAUUGAAGUCCGUGGCAACCCGAUUUUUAGCGGAUGUGAAUGUGGAGCCAAAACUAAUUUGUGAACUUGUGGAGAUGGUAGUGUUUUUUCAUAUGUCCGUUCAGGACUUGGCUGUUGAUUAUUUUAAAACAGCUCGACGAUAUUGUUAUGUAACUCCCACAAGUUUCCUUGAACUUAUAUCCUCGUUCAAAGUUUUACUGGACCAAAAACAAGCUGAUACAUUAACACUGAAAAAACGAUAUGAAAUGGGUAUUAUGAAGCUUGAUCAAUCAGCAAGUGAUGUUAAUGCAAUGUCACUUGAACUUGAAGGUCUUCAACCAAUGCUCUUAAAAUCUUCAAAUGAUGUCAUGGAACUCCUCAAGGUGAUUGACAAAGAAACAAAGGAAGCCAACAAAGUGAAAGCAGUUGUGCUGACAGAAGAAGCAGAUGCUAAUGUCAAAGCAGAGGCUGCCUCAGCAAUUAAGUUAGACACUGAAGCCGAGUUGGCCCUUGUGAUGCCCAUUUUAGAAUCUGCUCUUAGGGCACUGGACACACUGACAAAGAAUGACAUAUCAGAGCUCAAAGGGAUGAAGAGUCCACCAGCAGGUGUGAAACUGGUCAUGGAAGCUGUGUGUAUAAUGAAAAGCAUCAAACCCACUCGCAUGAAAGACCCUGGUGGCUCUGGAAAGAUGAUUGAAGACUACUGGGAGAGCUGCAAGAAAAUGCUUGCAGACAGUGAUUUCUUGAAGAGCUUAAAAGAGUAUAACAAAGAUGAUAUACCCCCUGACAUCAUUCUUCAAAUUCGCCAGUAUUUGGCAAAUCCUGCGUUUGCACCAAGUCUGAUUGCCAAGAUAUCAAAGGCUGCAUUUGGAUUGUGCUCAUGGGUUGGGGCGAUAGAGGCAUAUGACCGAGCAGCCAAAAUUGUGGCCCCAAAGGUGGCUGCACUACGAGCUGCAGAGGCUGAAUACAAUGAGGUUAUGGCCCAGCUUGCCAUAAAACAGGCCAACCUCAAAGUGGUGGAGGAAAAAUUAGGGGUGUUGGGUGCAGAACUGCAAGGGGCACAGGGGAAGAAGAAGAAGGUGCUGGAUGAAGUGGACUUCACCCAGACUAAAAUAGACCGUGCCAAUCAGCUAAUGGCAGGAUUGGGAGGGGAGAAGGCAAGAUGGAUGGGCUCUGCGGAAAUGUUUGGCCAAAUGUACAUUAAACUCACAGGGGACAUCCUCCUCUCUGCGGGCAUGAUUGCUUACUUGGGCACUUUCACUCCUUCAUUUCGAGAAAAAAUUGUUGUGGAAUGGAUGAGGAGCUGCAAGCAACGGAAAAUUCCAUGUUCGACUAAUUUUUCACUCAGUGUGGUGCUUGCGGAUCCGGUGAGGAUCCGUGCAUGGAACAUUGCAGGGCUUCCCAAAGACCAGAGCUCAAUUGACAAUGGAGCCAUUGUGUCCAAGUGCCGCCGCUGGCCUCUUAUGAUUGAUCCCCAGGGCCAGGCCAACAAGUGGAUUAAGAAUAUGGAAGGGGACAAGUUGGUCAUCACCAAGCUAUCGGACAGCGAUUUCCUACGCAAACUUGAAAAUGCCAUUCAAUUUGGAAAACCUGUUCUUCUUGAGAAUGUGGGUGCUGAACUUGAUGUGGCACUCGAGCCAUUACUGCUGCGCCAAACAUUCAAACAAAGCGGUUCAUUGUGCAUCCGUCUGGGUGAUAGUAUUAUUGAAUAUUCAGACCAGUUCCGUUUGUACAUCACAUCCAAACUGCGGAACCCUCAUUACAGUCCAGAGAUUUCUGCAAAGGUGACAGUGUUAAACUUUAUGAUCACUCCAGAGGGGCUGAUAGAUCAGCUGUUAGGGAUAGCAGUGGCCAAGGAGCGGCCGGACCUGGAGGCACAGAAGAACCAGCUCAUUCUGCAAGGUGCCCAGAACAACAAGAUGCUGCAAGAGAUUGAAGACAAAACACUUGCCGUGCUCUCCCAGGAGGGCAACAUCCUCGAAGAUGAAACCGGCAUCCAGGUUUUGUCUCAAUCCAAAAUUUUAGGAGAGGAUAUUCAAGAGAAGCAAAAAGUAGCUGAAGCUACUGAAAAGAUUAUUGAUGCUACCAGAAACUCAUAUGUGCCUGUUGCAGUCACAGCCACCAUUCUAUACUUUUGCGUUGCAGAAAUGUGCAACAUUGAGCCCAUGUACCAGUACUCGCUGCCAUGGUUUGUUGAUUUAUUUGUGUUCUCAAUAGUACAUAGUGAGAAAUCCAAUGUGUUGGAGGAGCGGUUGAAGAUCCUCAGCGAGCAUUUCAUGUACAAUUUGUAUUGCAACAUUUGCCGCUCCUUGUUUGAGAAGGACAAAAUCCUCUUCUCCUUUGUCAUGGCCAUCCGUCUUGAAUCUGCUCUUGGGAAGGUUGACAUGGAAGAGUUCAAUUUCCUUCUAACGGGAGGAAUAGUUUUAGAAGCAGAGCCACAAAUGCCCCCUUUGCAAUGGAUCACCAAAAAGAUGUGGGGCGAGUUCUUCCGUCUCUCCAAGUUUAAAGCGUUCAAGGAUCUUCACAAGGGAAUCGAAUCAAACAACGACACAUACAGUAAAAUAUUUGACAGUCCAAUGCCUCAGGAGGAAGAGUGGCCUGAGCCAUGGAACAGCAGCUUAUCCAAGUUCCAGAAGAUCUGUUUACUGCGAUGCAUUCGACCAGACAAGAUAGUGCUGGCGGUGAGCAGCUACAUAACGGAAGCGAUAGGGAAGCAGUUCGUGGAGCCGUUGCCGCUGAAUCUAGAAGCUUGCUACAAGGAUUCCGGCAGCACGGUGCCCCUAGUAUUCAUUCUCUCCCCAGGAUCCGAUCCCAUGUCCGCCUUGUUGAAGCUAGCCGCCGACAACGGUGCCAAGCUGCAAACGGUGUCAUUGGGACAAGGCCAAGGUCCGGUCGCUCUAGCAAUACUGAAGGAGGCAGCCAGCGAUGGAUCGUGGGUGGCUCUGCAGAACUGCCACUUCGCUAGCUCGUGGAUGCCGGCUUUUGAGAAAUACUGGGAGCAGGAGCUCACAAGCACCGACAAAGUGCAACCCAGCUUCCGGUUAUGGCUCACCAGCUACCCAUCGGAGCAUUUCCCUGUCGCGGUGCUGCAAAAUGCGGUGAAGAUGACCAACGAGCCCCCGAAUGGACUCAAGGCUAACAUGACCGGCAGUUACCUGAUGUUUCCGAUCUCGGACGCUGAUUUCUUCCAAGGUUGCUCGAAGGGUCCCACAUGGCGGCGCAUGCUCUACGCACUCUGCUUCUUCCACGCUUUUGUGCAGGAGCGAAGGAAGUUCGGUCCGUUGGGUUGGAACAUUCUGUAUGAGUUCAACGAGUCGGACUUGCGGAUCAGUGUGCGACAGCUGCGCAUGUUCUUAGAAGAAUACCCUGACUCUGUGCCGUAUAAGGCGUUGAAUUAUCUCACUGGUGAAUGCAACUAUGGAGGACGAGUGACUGAUGAUCAUGAUCGCCGAACUUUGGUUACUAUCCUUGCAUCAUUCUAUGCUCCGGAUAUUCUUAACCAUGACUUUUCUUUCUCAGAGAGUGGAUUGUUUACAGCUCCACCAGAUGGGGAUUACAAUGAUUUCCUUGAAUUCAUUAAAAAAUUACCAGCGGCACCUCAACCUGAAGUGUAUGGAUUCCACAGCAAUGCUGACAUCACAAAAGAAAACACAGAAGUGAACCGUCUUUUGGCUUCACUGUUGCUUGUAGUUCCGAUGGAGGAUAACAAAAAGAAAGGGAAAAGGGAGGAGGAAGAAAAAGAAAGAGAAAGAGCAGCAGCAAAAGAUAAAGAAAACGAAGCAGUGAGUACUACAAAAGAGGUUAAAGACAAAACAGAGAAAGAAAUCGGUCCAAUGACAUCUGAAGAAGUGAUGCAAAGCAUAUCAAUUGAUAUUCUUCAGAAGUUGCCAAAUAAUUUUGAUAUUGAACAAGCUCAGAUAAAAUACCCAACUACGUAUUACCAGUCCAUGAACACCGUGUUGUGCCAGGAACUUGAAAGAUUUAACAAGUUGUUGACCAUCAUUCGAAACAGUUUGUUGGAAUUACAAAAAGCAGUUAAGGGAUUCAUUGUUAUGAGUGCUGAACUUGAAUUGUGUGGGAGGACAUUAGUUAUUGGACAAGUGCCAACUAUGUGGGCCGCCAAAUCUUAUCCUUCCAAGAAACCUUUAGCCAGUUAUAUUGCUGACUUAAUAGAACGUAUUGCAUUCCUUCAAUCAUGGGUCACCAAGGGUGCACCCAUCGUUUAUUGGUUAUCAGCAUUCUUUUUCACACAGUCUUUUCUAACUGGAGCCAAGCAAAAUUUUGCACGGAGCCACAAAAUCCCAAUUGAUACAGUUGAUUUUGAAUUUGAGAUUCGUGAACAUCCGGACGCUUUGACUGAACCACCUCAAGAUGGGGUUUACGUGAAAGGGCUUUACCUAGAAGGAGCAAGAUAUGAUUACACAAUUCACGAGCUCGGUGAAUCACUUAACAAAAUUCUCUUUUCAAAAGUGCCAAUAAUAUGGAUGGUUCCUGGUGAGAUUAAGAACUUCAAGGCUUAUCCACAUUAUCUGUGUCCAUUGUACAAGACAAGUGACAGAAGAGGCAUUCUAUCCACAACUGGACAUUCUACAAAUUUUGUCAUGGAGGUGAAAUUACCUUCCUCAAGACCACAGGCCCACUGGGUCAAACGAGGCGUAGCUAUGCUAACCCAGCUUGAUACUUGA